AUGUCCAGGAGAGCCAUCCGCAACAUGAACACACUAUAUCCUGAUGCCACUCCUGAGGACCUCCAGGCCUCUGAUAAUGUGUGCAUCAUCUGCAGAGAGGAGAUGGUGACUUCAGCCAAGAAACUGCCCUGUAACCACAUCUUCCACUCCAGCUGUCUUCGCUCAUGGUUCCAGAGGCAGCAGACCUGUCCCACCUGCCGCAUGGACAUUCUGCGGGCUACCACCCCUGCGCCUACUGCCAAUGCUAAUGCUAACCCUAAUGCUAAUGCUAACGUUGCAGCGCCGGCAGCCAACGCCCCUGCUCCGGCCAAUAACAACAACAACGUGGCCCCUGGGAUGAUGCCGGCCUUCCCCCCUGGAGUCUUCCCGUUCUGGGGUCCUUUUCCUCCUGUGCCUCCACCUGCUCCUGCUGCAGCGUCCCCUAGUGCUGAGGCUGCUCCAGGCUCCUCUGAGACACCAGCUGCAGACUCGUCCACAGACCCCCCUCCUCCCCCGUCUUUGCCGGGGUUCCCCUUCUCCUUCCCCCCUCCCCCUCCCCCCUGGCUACACAUGCCGCCGCCGCCGCCAUUCGUGGCCUCCAUGCCCCCCGCCCCCCCCUCCCUCUCCUCCCUGUCGGAGCAGGAGCUGCAGGAUCUGGAGGUCGAAGGUCGUCAGGGUCUGGAGGCGCGGCUUCAGUGUCUGCAGAACAUCCACACUCUGCUGGACGCCGCCAUGUUGAACAUCCACCACUACCUGAGCUCCGUGGCCACGCUGCGGUGA